AUGUCGUCGGUGCCCGAGGAUACUCGCUCGGUAGCAGCUCCUGCCUCGGAUCCAAUCUGGGACCACGCCGAGCACGAGGGCGGACACAACAGCUGGAUCGAUCCACCAAACGGCGAGGCCGGGCCUUCGACGCAGCCGAUCACGCAGACACCAUCCUUUGGGUCGAGACCGCCCGAGAUCGCAGCGCUCGCUGCUUCCAGCCGAGGAGGCACCUCGUCGUUGCCCGCAUCGCUCCCACGGCAUCUCAGUACACAGUCACUCGGACGUGCGGGACUGCGGUCUGCGCGGACGAGUGCCGAUUCAUCGCGCCGGCCUCGGCUCGUGGAUCGGGUCACAUCGUCCAGAUCCCUCUUCCUGCCUUCGAUCGCUUACUCGGACCUGCACGACUCGGGAAGCAAUGUUGAUGGCGAUGCCGAGUGGCGCAGCAGCGCCGUCGGGGCCACGCCUCUCGACCGCACAAUGGAUCGCAUCGGUAUGGGCCGCUACCAGUGGACCGUGCUCAUCCUCUCCGGCCUCGGAUGGGCGGCGGACAACAUGUGGAUCCAGGCCAUCGCCAUCAUCCUGCCCCACAUCCAGCGCUACUUUAUCCUCUCGGACGGCAUCGUCGGCCUGGCAAGCUCGUCGAUCUUUGUCGGCAUGUUCAUCGGCUCCAUCGCUUGGGGCACCAUCUCGGACUCGUUCGGUCGCCGUGCCGCAUUCAACAUCACACUCGCCGUCGCCGCCGUCUUUGGAGGCCUCUCGGCGCUGGCGGGCUCCUUUCCGCUGCUCUGUCUUUUGCUCUUCGCCGUCGGCACGGGCGUGGGCGGCAGCAUGCCCACCGACUCGAGCAAUCUCGUGGAGAAUUUGCCCGUGCGCAAGCACAGCUACGUGACUGCGCUCUCCAUUUUCUUCUCGGCGGGAUCAGUCGUGUCGUCGCUCAUCGGUCUCGCAGUGCUCUCGGCGCACAACCCACAGGGCUGGCGAUGGCUCCUCGGCUCGCUAGCCUUUGUCACCGUGCUCUUCGUCUCGGCAAGGGUGGUGUUCUUCCGGCUUCUCGAGUCGCCGAAGUAUCUCGUUCAUGCUGGCAGGCCGCAAGAGGCGAGGGACAUUCUGCAAAAGAUACACAAGUACAACGGCGGCGCUACCAUCGCCCUGCGCAUACAGGAUGUCGACGAUCAUAGCCGGAUAGAUGUCCCAGGCAGCAGUACCGACCUCGAGCGCCGGCAGUCCAGCUCGGCCGCCUCUCAGUCCAAGGAUGUGGUGCAGGAGGGCAAUGACGAGCGAUCAGACGGAACCGCAGACGGGCAUCGUGGGUCGAGAUGGACAGACGGAGCAUCACACACGUAUUCGAACGAUGAAGAGGCAGAUGGGGACGUCGACGGUCACGAUCUGUCGUCGAGACCCCUGCUGGAUCGCGCGGAAGACGAUGGCGAAGAAGAGGGGAGGAAAGAUUAUCAAAACGCGAGUCGGAUCGGGCGCGGCGCUGGAGCUUCUUCGUCGAGCGUGCGGUCUGUUCGCAGCCUCGAGCUGCCUGCCUCGCUCGCGUGGCUCCCCGAAAGCUGGCAUCCGAGUGCGGCCGACUUGUCCUCGCGCUUCGCCGAGAUGUUCUCGCCAGAGUGGAAGCGCACCACGCUGCUCAUCUGGAUCAUCUGGGGCGGCAUGUCCUACGGCUUCACCACCUUCAACGUGCUUCUCCCCAAGCUGCUCGAGCAACGCUACGAUUCCCCCGACUCAGCCGCUGCUGCAUUGGCGGGAAGCGCGCCCGACGAUGCCUCCAUCCGCAGAGCCAUGCUCGACAUCCUCGUCUACUCGCUCUCCUCGCUCCCCGGCAGUUUGAUCGCCGCCUACAUGGUCGAGACCCGUCUCGGCAGGAUCGGCACCAUGGUCAUCUCCACGUGCAUCAUGGCCCUCUCGAUGCUCCUCUUUUCCCUCACCUUUUGGCGCUCCAGCCUCACCGUCGUGUCCGUGUCGAGCUCCAUCUCGUACGCCGUCAUCUACGGAUACACACCCGAGGUCAUGGCUCCCACCAUCCGCGGCACCGCGUGUGGCACCGCCUCGGCUAUAAGCCGCGUGGCCGGUAUCGUUGCACCGCUGCUCGCAGGCUGGGCCUACUCCAUCGUGCCUGCGCUACCGCUCUUCAUCGCUACUUCGGCCCUCGUCGUCGUCACCGCAGCCAUGGCAUUGCUGCCCAUCGAAACCCGAGGUCGUGCUGUAGAUCCGGCCCAGAUCGCCCACUGA